CCAGUCCAGUUAGUCGCGAAAGUCAUCUCGGUGAGUAAACGACAACACGGCGAAGCUGUCUGUCUGUGUCUCUGCGCGGGUUGUUCGUUUUGUUCGGUUGAAAAGCCUGGUCGUAGCCAGCGGAAAGCGGUGGAAAAGCUUUCGUAGUGGUUGGUAUCCGAACGUGUCGAUCAUCGUGAAACGAAGUGAGUAACCAAAACAAACCAAAAAUCGCUAAAAACGUAUGGCAGGCAGCGCACGAAUCGCGUUCCAUGUGAAGUGUUAAUCAAACAAAAUCAGUGAAGCUGAUCCCACGACUUAUUCGUAUGUGGGAUCCGAACCUGACUCGAGAAUUAUCGUUCGGUUCAAGCUUUUCAGCACAGUUGCCGGUGGAGUGAUUCCUUCAAGUUUAUCCUUCGAAUGUUGUUAGAUAGCGUUUCAAUAAGUUGUUCAAGUCUAAAGAGGGGAAAACUCACAGCCAAGCAUAAAUAAAAGCCAGUGAAGUAAAGUACAAGAAAGAAGAUUUUACCGAGGGCAGAAGUGUAGUGCAAAGUUUUUGCCUCUUAUUGCAAACAUUCGAAGCGAAACUCGUUUUCUCUGCUAUACCUGUACCGCGCGCCGCCGGACGGAUUCCCCGCCAGUGAUUGCUUGUUGGAUUAGGCCGAAGGGGGCCACAAGACAGAAACAGGGGGUGCAAUUGUGUGCUCGCGGGCGGCGCUCGUCUCCCCAAUGGAUGGUAGACGGUAAGCUGUGCAUGGCUGUGGCUGCAGCAAAACAAGGCAUAUGCACACUUGCGAAUAGACCGAAAAGAAUUUCGACGGGAUAAGUUCAACACGGUUCCGCAGAUUGAAAAAAAAAAAACGGCUGGCCUCGCGCGGAGGUUGAUGACGACAGCGAUAACAUCUCACCGCCGGUGCGUCACGCGACAAAAAGGCAAAAGCUUCUCACGCAAAGCUCGUUCAAUCUUCUUCCCGUGGUUCGAGAUAUUCGGUGACCGACCGCCGCGCCGACAUGUGCAAGCAGUACGGAUCAAUUUCAGUGAAUGUUGGCAGCGAUCGUAAGCUUCGGUUUGUGGUGUCCGUGUUUUUCGUGUAGCUGAUUAGUGGUAUCUACUCGAAGAGGUCAUGCCAGCGCUGCGUUUGUUCGGCCGGAAAUGGUUAGCCGCAUCGGACGACCUUGUGUUUCCGUGCAUUUUCGAGAUCGUGUUCCGUAUCGUGUGGCUCGGACUGAUAUCAUGCGUAACGUCGACGUACUGGAGCGUGACCGCGGAGUGCGAUGAACAGGCCAGGCUGGCCGUCCGCAUCUAUCUCGUAGGGACCCUAGUGUUAAUUAGUGUAAACAUGGUUCUACUGGUAUUGCUGGUGAACCGGAGUGCCCGGGGUUGCAUUACCGAGGUGCAGAAGCGCUGGCUGGUGGCACCACUUCUGGUGAUCAAGAUAUUGUUAAUUCUGCCAGAGACUGGACUGAACAUCUUCGGCACUAUGUGGGCCUUCUGCGGGACCAUCCAGUGCAAGAGUGAUGACAAAGUUACGCGAACUGUGAUCGAAGCAAUCGUACUAUUCAACUGGGUAGUAUUUGCGCUUAUUAUCUUCGGAUUAGCUAUAGUAUUUGACCCGCUGGGGUCGGCCAAGUAUAAAAAUGGUAGGGAUAGCAAUGACAAUGGACCGACGGAGUCGGCAAUACACCGCAAAGUGUCGAAACUGUGGUUCCGCCGGUUUCGGUGGGCAUUCUGCUGCCUCCGGAAGGACGAAUUUGGCCAUGAAGCAUUCACUCAGGUGGCCAGUUUGCUGAGUGCUUUGUUCCGGGGGACGGAUCUGGUACCGUCGGAUAUUAUGGCCGGAUGUGUUCUGCUAAGGGUGCGACAAAAGCGGGAGACGAGAGAAAUGCGACGAAUACGAAUGCUGAAUGAUGAUGGACCGAGAUAUUCCACCGAUAUUACCAGGGUAUUCGCAACAUCGCCGGCGUGGAUGACAAUUAAAAAUGCACGACACUUCCUAAGGUUUGCACUGGCUGCCUACGGUUGGCCGAUGGUUUGCUACAUGCACUGCUGUACAGGACCCUAUCGGUUAGUGCCGAAAAUGACAUGCUGCGCGUGUUUCCGGCGAAAACCACAGAUCAUCAUCGACGACAACUGCUGUCUAUGUCAUGUGUCCGGUGUUCAGUAUACCUCCCGGGUUCGCAGUGAAGAUGUGCUGCAUGCUUCUUUUAAAAAUCAUGUAUUUGAGUUACCAUUCUGCGUACUGGCAGAUCACAGCACUAAAAGCAUCGUCAUAUCGAUUCGAGGAAGUCUCUCGAUGCGUGACGUUUUCACCGAUCUGGUUGCCAACGCGGAACGUUUCGACGCACCGGGAAUGCCACCGGAUUCUUCCGCCCAUCGCGGCAUGGUGGCCGGCGUUGACUGUAUGCUGAAACGGCUGCGGGAAGGUAACAUGCUCGAUCGGAUCUUCAACACCUACCCGGAGUAUACGCUGGUUCUAACCGGACACAGUUUGGGAGCGGGUGUUUCCAUUCUGCUGGCUGCGAAGCUACGGAGCCGUUUUCCGGAUUUGCGAGUUUAUGCCUUUGCCACUCCAGCUGGUCUGCUGAGUCGAGAGGCUGCGCGGUACACCGAGGGAUAUGCAUUCACCAUAGGCGUUGGGGAUGAUUUUGUGAUGAGGCUGGGUGUGGAUUCGAUCGAGAAUCUGCGAACUAGUGUCAUCGAAACCAUCAGGGCCUGUAAGCUGCCGAAGUGGCGCAUAAUGUUGAAUGGCUUCGGCUACGCAUUGUUUGGCGUACCAUCGCGUGAUCUGGAAACCACGUGGCAUGAUGUGACGGAAAUAACGAAGAAAGCCGAUGAAAGCCCGCUUCUUAAUGAACGACCCAUCCAAACGGUGACAGCCGCUGAAGGAGGGCUUCUCUCAAGCGAAAUUUCGAAGCGAAGGUUCGCCAAAACACGCCUGUACACCGGAGGAAGAGUCUUGCACAUAGUGAGGCGCAAGAAAACUGAGUUGGAAAAAAAAACCAACACAGGCGGUCCCACCUUCGAGAUGCGCUGGGCCACUGCCGAGGACUUCACCGAGCUUAGAGUGAUGCCUCGUAUGCUGUUGGACCAUCUGCCCGAUAACGUUUUCCGAACGCUGACCAAGAUUCUCGAGGAGCAAAAAACUCACAACGGAUCGAUGCUCUCUUUGCAGGAGAUUUGAGGAAUCGACAGAGAUCCUCCCCUAUGCCAAAACCGUAGCGGCUGAGUAGCAGCUGCUGUAAACAAGUAAAUCGAACAAUUCCAAUCUGUCCCGCGCAAAAAAACAAAAUUAAAACAUACAAAGACAGUCCCCGAGUGCCUUAUGAAAUUUGUUAAUCUUGCCGUCUGUAUACACAUGUUAGGUUUAAUUUGAUAGGUAGUUUUGUUCAACAUCGCCUAGCAAUAGUUGAGGUAGGUUAAAAAUAUUUUCCAUAGGAAUAGAAAACCUAUCAAAUAGGAGUAAUUGACUCGGAUUCAUCGUACCUUAGAUGGUAUAUUAUUUAUAGGUUGUAGUAUGCAAAAAUGUUUAUCAGCCUCCAUCAAAACAUCAGUGUUUGAACAAUGUUUUUGGAAAAAAAUGGUUACUUAUCGGCCCACCCCUAAGUCGAUUUCUAGUCUCACCAUGAGUACUUGCACCAAAUUUGAAGCAAGUCGGACAGAUGUAGCUACCGAACCAACAUGCAUGAAGUGUGUAUGGGAUUUUUCGACAAUUUACAUCAGCCCGGGGACAACUUGACAGCUCCCAUAUAUUGAACUCGUCAGCAAAUUUUGUGGUGAUUUGAUGAUGUCAUGGCGGCUCAAAUAGAGCAAAAUUUGAAAAAGGAGUAUCCCAUAUAAUAUUUUCCAUAUCUGUAAAAAAUAAACAAUUUAAGCAUUUAUAUCAUCAAAUGUAUUUCGCUGUUCAAAUUGUAGAAGCUCUUCUCAUUCCGCUAUACCUAAACAGAGACAUAGAUUCCAUUUUGAAUUUAAAAAAUCCAAAAUAACAAGUCCGAUUUUCGGAAAUACAAGAAGACGACUUUCAAAAUCAAGCCACUUCCACUUAUACUGGAAUUCCCGAAAAUCUUCCGGAUCCAAUAAACAUUUCCCCAGGCAUGAAAUCCUCCCGUAGUUGCCGUUCCGAUAGGUUUCUAUCAGACUGGAGUAAAUUCCUAGAAUAAUUCUGAAGGGAUCCGCACCAAAACCAUCGCAAUAUCUGCCGGACAGAAUAGUUGCAAAACUCUGGAAGGUGUCGAACAAAAUUGUACAUUCCUGGUAGCAUUCUUGCUGAAACCGAGCACUACCGGUUUGCUGCCAGAAUUCUGAUAAAAGCACACAUUCUAUUUAAAACCAACUUUACUAAAUAGGUAGAAAAUACUACAUGCAUUGUUUAUUUUCCCGAUCAAAAUUCUUGACGUUCUUAAAUUCUUGACGUUCUUAAUGAACUUGAAACAAGAUGUCGUAGGUUCACGAAUUGUUAAGCUUGGUGAUUUACAUUCAUUGGCCAAUUUUUUUUUCAUUUAUAUUUUUCGAGAAAAAAGCAGCAACGAUUUACCGACUACAAACUUCACACAACAAGAAAACUAAAACAUUUUUAGGAAGGAGGUAAGCCGGUUGCUAAAAACAACGACUUCCAGCUAAAUGUAUAAUAAGAUUUAUGUGACAUUGCUGACGGUUUCCAAUUGGGGAUAAAUUAAUUCUCUAAUAAUAGUUUUCUUAAUCCACAUUUUGGAAUACGCUUUUUCUAAAUGUUGUUCUAGCCGCAUUGACGGCGUUCAUAACACACGUAACGAAACACGCUUUUCUCUUGAAACUUUUUCGUUUCGUUGUUCGUGGUACUCAUACAGAGAAGGCAUAGUAGCGCCAUCAUCAAAUCGGUGGUACAUAUAUUAAACAAGCAUUAUCUGUCACAAUUGUCCCUGGGUUGAUGUAUUUACAUGGAGCAAAACCCACUAGCUCACAUUUUCACCGCUAGGUGGCACUAUAUGACUCGUAGUAUCACUGUAAGUGAAAAUAAGGAAGAUAAUUUGUCUACAACUUUCUCAAAGAGUGCUUCAAUUCGGCUUUGUUGAAAGAAGUUAUUAAAUUUUUAACGAAGUGAUGACUGAGUUAGUUUUGCAUGGGGCCAGCAUUUUGCAUGGUUGUGUAGCAGUAUUCGAUUCCCACGAACGAUACAUUUUUGCGAAAUAUUCUAUUGACAAAAUUGUAGACGAUUAAAUUAUCUCUCAUAUUUUCCCUGAAAGUGACGAGACGAUACAUAUAGUGCCACCUAGCAGUGAAAAUACGAUCUAGUGGGUUUUCUCCUUGAAAUUGGCGAAGAACUCCAUACAAACUUCAGGCACGUUGGUCACCGGACUUGUCCGAUUUGCUUCAAAUUUGGUGCAAGUACUCCUUGUGGGACUAGGAAUUGACUCAGGAGUGGAGCGAUUGAGUUCAAAACUUCAUUAUUUUUCUGGGCAAAUAUGCAAUUAAAAAGUAUCUUUCAACGAUUUUGUUAAAAAUAUAAAACAACUACUGAUGAAUCGAUGGGAGGUGGAUACGGUCAUUUGUCAUGUUUGUAGUUGUUCGUGUACUAUAAAACGAUUGCUCACUACAAUUUCGCGUGUCUCGAUUUGUUGGUCAAGCUCGUGAGGUAUUCCGUGUGAUUAGAAUCAACCCAUUUCAUUAAUUAGUGAACUAAGAUGAGAAUACAUUCCAGUGUGGAUCUGAGUAGCUGAUAUUUUGUUGAUAUUUUAGGUUUGAUUUAGAUUUUCGGCGGAGCCUAUUUUGUUUUCUAGCAUUGUAUACAUGGUGUUUUCUCCAGUAGAAAAUCGAACUCGAUGGUAUUUACCCAAGUAUAGUUUAUAGGUGAUUAUGAGAACCGUAAUUUGUAGAAUGUUUUUUCCGAUCCAUAAGAAAAUUGAAGUGAUACGAGGGUAAUUAAAAUAAACGUAAAACUUUGCAGCGGUUUUUAAUUGUGUUUUGGUUGUGAUAUGAAUGCUAUUUAUUAUUUAUAGAAAGUUAAGGUAAAGAAUGUGGUAUUCUGUGUAAGUCUAAUGUUGAGUGAAAAAGAAGUAAAUGUAGUUUUGUGAAUGUA